AUCGUAUCCACACCAAACAUAUCCCUAAUCCAUUUCUCACAAAUCUCACACCAAAAUUUUUCACUUCAAUUUUCUCUUCUCAGAAUCAGAAUCCAUUUCUGUUCCACAAGAUUCUGUAACGGAGAGAAGAAUGUCGGGGGCCUGUUCAAUCCCCUUCGCGAAAACGCCGUCGCCGGCACCGUCGCCGUCGCCGUCGGCCGCUGCCUCUGCUUCUUCAUCUUCCCCUCACGCUUCCAUCAGAUUCUCCUCCUCAAAGCCUUUCGUCUUCACCAUUAGGAGCUCUCAGACCGAAGGCCCUCUCCGGAGACCCGCGGCCCCUUCUCUGAGAGAGCCGUCCCCGCCGCCAUCUCUCACACCGACUCCUCCGUCGCAAUCGCCUCCGCCUCCGCCGCCGUCGGCUCCUGUUGCUCAGUCGUCGAUGCAGGCGUUUGCUGCUAAACAGGAUAAUGUGAUCACGUUGGAGUUUCAGAGGCAGAAGGCCAAGGAGCUCCAGGAGUUUUUCAAGCAGAAGAAGCUUGAGGACGCCAAUCAGGGACCGUUCUUUGGCUUCAUCGGGAAGAAUGAAAUUUCCAAUGGGAGGUGGGCAAUGUUCGGUUUUGCUGUCGGAAUGCUGACAGAGUAUGCAACUGGUUCAAACUUUGUUGAUCAAGUAAAGAUCCUCCUCUCAAAUUUUGGGAUAGUAGAUCUCGAAUGACACAAUGUACAAGGUCGAUGUCGUUUAUACUUUUCUGAUUGUUGUAAUUUCUGUAUCUACAUCCUGUAAUUCACCUGAUAGUCUUCUUGAGAAUUUUGUUGUUUGAUACACUCAAUUGCCAUUCAAGUGUGUGCUCCUUGCAAUACUUACUGUUUUGCUGUUAUAUAAAAAGUCUUCCCUUUUUUAUGA